CUACCGCUAAUGUUAAAAGAGAAAAAACUCAAUAUGAUUCCUUUCAACACUAUUUCAAGCAUUAGAGCUGCCAUGGCUGAGGAGUGCAAUGAGAGCUCUGUUGCGACAUCUCCGUCGAUACCUAACUGGUGGCCGGCUGAUAAUCAUCUGCAUGCGGGUUCGCUUGGUUCGUGGAGUGGUAACACGGGGAAUAUUAAUCCAUGGAGUGGUGGUAAUAAUUCGCAAAACCCUAAUUCUAACAACUCGAGGUCUUCGGGGGAGGAAGAUGUUUCCAUGUCUACUUCGUUUACGAAUGCUUCGAAUCACUCUGGGCUCACUGUCGAGUCGUCGCGGAGGCUGGUCGAAAGUGUGGCCAACAACGAGCUGAUGGGAGAGACUCCUGAUAAUCCCCUGUGGAAUCAUGUCUUUCUAAAUGUAGGAAACAAUGGAGAGUUGCACAACAAUCAAGAUACUAGCAACAAUUUGAUUAAUGCUUUUUCUUCAAAGAACUUGUCAACUGGUUUAAUGUUUGAACCAUGUGAUUACUUGAAGAAGAUGGACAAUGGUUGGGAUGGCUCUACUCCUUUCAACAAUUUUGAUCAGAAGAACUUCAAUGGAUCGUUCAGUGACAACAUGUUUGAAGCCGAAAGGCUAACCAAGCUGUCAAAUUUAGUUAGCAACUGGUCCAUAGCUCCCCCGGAUCCAGAAAUAAACGGUCAGGCUCAGUUUGAUCCGCGAUCAUGCAACAUCUCUUUAAGUCGUCCUAACUUGGAUCAUUAUUCAGGGUCUGGUGACGUAUGUUAUAUGAAGCAAAAUGUUAACAGAGAUCUCAGUUCAUAUCCGUCUCAUGGCGAUGAUCAUGACCUAAAAGUAGAGCUUAAUGAUCAAAGAGAUAAUCAUACUGAUCAGGUAAAUGUGAAUAAUUUAUUUCCGAGAGCUUAUGAUAAUGGUACUAGGAUGGGAUAUCAAACCGGAAUCAACAAUUCAAUGGGGGGAGAUAACAGCAAGCUUUACUAUGGAGUACACGAUGUUUCAUGCAAUAACGGAAGAAAUUUGGAAGAUGUUAUGGCUUUUAGUAGUGGCUUUGGCAAUAAAUUACCACCAACUAAUAUUAUUAAUCCAUCUAAACCUUUGUUAAAGACUUUAAAUCUGUCCGAUUGCAAGAAGCAGACACAGCAACCUUCCUAUACACCUACAAGCAAUAAUACACUGGCAAGAACCAACAGAAAGGGACACAUGCUUGCGAAUGAAGGGAAAAAGAAAAGAUCUGAGGGGAAGUUGGAUGCUAUUUCUAAGAAGCUGAAGCACGACAAUUCUACAGCUUCAUCUAUAAAGGUUCAAGUUCCCAAGGCUAAACUUGGAGAUAAAAUCACAGCUCUCCAGCAAAUUGUAUCACCCUUCGGAAAGACAGAUACUGCAUCUGUGUUAUGGGAAGCAAUUGGCUACAUAAAGUUCCUGCAAGAGCAAGUACAGUUAUUAAGCAAUCCCUACAUGAAGACAACAAACAACAUCAAGGACCCAUGGGGAGGGCUAGAUAGAAAAGAUAGAGGAGAUGAUGUAAAGUUGGAUCUUAGCAGCCGAGGUCUUUGUUUGAUUCCAGUAUCAUGUACACCUCAAAUGUAUAGGGAGAACACUGGACCUGAUUACUUGACUCCAGCAUAUAGAGGAUGCCUAUAUAGAUAAAUCUUAGCUAUCUUUCUUAGCAGAUCAAUAAUUUUCUUUCGGAAAACUAAAUGAUUUAAAUAUUUCUGCUACUAAAGAAUUCUCUAGCUUUCUCACUAUUUAAUAUGCAUUUAUAUUGUUAUGAUUGAGAAUUGUUUUAUUUAUGAUUUUACAAA